AUGGUAUUAAAAUUACGUGAACAAUUAAUUAAACAAGUUGCUAUCUAUCUUCCAUAUCUUUCUUCGGAAUCAUGUCAAUGUCUUACAGCCAAACAACGUGAACGUAUACUUCGAUGGCUUGCUGCACAUGAUUGUCUAUCAAAUAGUAUUGUUCCAUAUAUAACAAAAAGUCUUCUUUCAAUUCCAUUAUAUUCUCUUGAAUUUUAUAAAUGUUAUCAAUUAACAAAUGAUAUGCUUAUUGAAUUUGCUAAAGCAAAUAAUUUUAGUCGAUUAAAAUCACUUAUUAUUCAUCAAUGCCAUCAAGUAGACGAUUCAGGAAUACGUGCUAUAACAAAAGGACAAUUAUCACUUGAAUUUAUAGCAUUAAGAAAAUUAAAUAAUUUAACAAAUGCCGGUCUUGAUGGUAUACAUUCAGCAUUUUUAAAAGAAAUUGAUUUUCGAUGGAAUGAAAAAAUACAAGAUCAAGGUAUUUUAACAAUUGUUUCGAAUAAUCUCAAUUUACGUUCUAUUCAUCUUAUUAAUUGUCAUUCAUUAACUGGUCAAUGUGUUAUAUAUAUUGCACAGAAUUUAGCUGGAAAACUUGAAAUAUUAGAUAUUGAAGGUUUAAAAUAUUUGGAUGCUGAAGUAUUUGUACAUUUAGUUGAUUAUUGUCCUAAUAUUCGAAGUUUGAAUUUAUUUGGUAUUAUCAAUUUAGAUGCUGAUGGAUUAUUUACAUUAUUUGUACGAUCAGCACAUAUGUUACAAUUAAAUUUAUCUUAUACAAGUUGUUUUCUACAAGAACCUGUUGCUGAUUAUCUUUGUUGUAUGCCAUUGUCUCUUGUUGAUUUAUGUCUAUCAGGUACACAAAUUUACAAUACUAAAAUUUUAAUACGUGCUCUAACAAGACUUACACGUUUGGAACAUCUUCGAAUAAAUGGUCUUGCAGCAAUAAACGAUCAAGCACUUGAAAAAAUACUUAGUAUUAUUGGAUGUCGACUUAAAACACUAGAAAUGAAUGGUUAUAUAACAGUUGGAUCAUUAUCUGAUCGUAGUAUUGAACAUAUUGUUCGUUAUUGUCCAGUAUUAGAACAAAUUUCAUUAAAUUUAUUUAGUUUUACAUCAACACUUGAUUCUUUAUUAGAAUUAUUUAGUACACCAAAACGUGCUUUACGAUUACAUAGUGUUUCAUUAAGUUCAUUUCGAAAUAUUAACGAACGAGUCUUAUGGUGUUUAGUAGAAAAUUGUUUAAAUUUAACAGAAUUAGAACUUUCUGGUAUACCUUGUGUUAAUGAUACACUUAUUUCAUCAUUAAAACAUUGUAAAAAAUUAUCACAUUUAAAUAUAAAAGGAUGUAAACAAGUAACUGAUUCAUCUAUCUGUGAUCUUCUUGGUGUAUGUCAAUUUAUAUCACUUGUUCUUUCGGGUUGUUUCCAUUUAACUGAUCAAUCAAUUCUUGCUAUGGCUCAUACGCAACCAUUUCUUGAAGAAAUUUAUAUAUCUGGUUGUAUACGUAUAUCACCUGUUGCUGUACGUUUUCUUCAAGAUAGUACUAUUCGACGUUUAUAUAUUGAUCAUAAAAUACCUAAUGCAUUACCCGAUGCACUUAUGGCACGUAAUCUUGACACCGGCUUGUUUGAACAAGUUAGAUAA